AUGAGUGGCCUUUGCCUUGUGCUUCUUCUCUCCAUCUUUGCAGUUUCACAAAGCUCGGGCGAAUGUAGCGACGUCUCCUUCUCAUCCGUCGCAUCGAAAUUAGACGGUCUAAAGAGAGUGACACGUUUGUCGGUCAGUGGACAUAUUUCUGCAUAUCACGUCAAGGUGUCCAUCUCGGAUGACGACUUUCAAUUGGUUCGACUCUCGAAUGGAAAUCCACUGGUCCUCUAUUCAACGUUAUCAAAUACACCAUCGUGGACACAUGUUGACUUUUUAGCCACUGAAGUUCGCAUAUUUCCGGCGUUUGAACAAGCGACAGAAGAUGUCAGGGGACCUUUGUUGAUUCUCACGAUAUGUGAUUAUGACACUCCGAUCACGGCAUUUGAUGACUCUUCAUACACCGUAGAAGCUCAUCACGCAGGCCUUGUCUCAAUGUAUGAGAAUGAUCUUUGCGUUGUCUUUCGAACCUAUAGAUCAGGAGUAUUCUUCUUCUCAAUGGCUGAUCAAGGAGAUGUACUAAUUGCACAGAUCAUCCAUGGAACUGUUCAUGUUAUAUUUGAUUUUGGAUCUCUUACACCAUCUAGAAUAAGUGCUGGUAAAGCAUUGGAUGAUGGAAGGUGGCAUGAGAUGAGAUGGCUUCAUCAAUUCGACUCUGUGCAACUGUCAAUUGACGGUGUCCUCCUUAACCAGACGGCUCCAACGGGUCUUUAUCGAAAAUUGGACUUGCAUAGUGUGGUACAUAUUGGAGGACGACCAAAUGAUGACUUCUCGCAAGGGAUUGAGACUACAUUUACUGGAUGUAUUGCUGUUAAUUUUUAA